AAAAAGCCCUAAAGAAGAAUCCCACCGACGACCUCCUCUUUCCUUACAACUAAUUCCCUCUUUUUUUCUUUACCUCCAACAAUAAGAUCAGCAACAAUAGCUAUGGAAUGUUAAGUAAGUUGCAGUACUGCAUUUCUUUUUUCACUAAUUAAGGCCAUGGGGAAUUGCCUGUUUGGAGGCAUGGGAGAGGGCAGUGAAGUGAUCAAAGUAGUAACAUCCAAUGGCGGAGUAAUGGAGCUUUACGCGCCGAUAACCGUAGAGUCCAUCACCGAUCAAUUUCCAGGCCAUGGCAUUUUUCGAAGCCAUGACCUCUUCUGGAAACCACUUCCUCACCAUGACUUGUUACUUGCAGGAGAGUCAUACUACCUCCUCCCCCUCAACAACAACACAGGUAUGGGUGGCCAAAUUGCUCAAGUAGGCCAUAUAAGAUCAAACAGCGCGCCUGAUCAGUCUGUUGCUGUGCCGUAUAGGAUGUCUUUUGGUAGUCAUCAAGUGUUCAAGAGAUCAUACACGCAGGUUUUAUGCGGAUAUAACAAAAUUGGGGUUUGGAAGGUGAAGUUAGUUAUCAGUCCGGAACAGCUGUUGGAUAUCUUGUCGCAAGAGGCUAGAACACAGGAAUUGAUCGAGAGCGUCAGAACUGUGGCCAAAUGCGGAAGUGGGGUCUCAUCCGUCGCCUUUUCCGAUCAGUGGAGUCUCUCUAGCAGUAGUAGAAAUGCUUCCUCCAAGAAAGAUGGCUUGUCAGAGUUUUAAAGGAAAUUCAUGGAUUUUACCCUCUCAACACCCCCCUCCC